CAAAUUUCUCCGUAUCAUCCCAUUGCUUCCCUCAAAAAUUGAAAUCAAAAUCCCCAAUUAUUCACUCAACUCAAUUCGCCUAUCCAAUUUCUUUGCCCUAAUUUUUCACGUGAUUGUGAUGAUGAAUGGUUAUGCACAUCACGUGGAUUCACUCGAUGAGAAUUGCUGGACCGAUUUAAUCGAUUACAGCAGCCUCUUAGACGACGGCGUCCCGCCCGCCGGCCUGUAUUGGAACCCUCAGCUAACCGCGCAGAACGCUUGUGUGGCAACCGAUGUGUCAUUUAGUGGAACUACAUCACAUGUCAGUGACUCUGCAGAAGAACGAGAAAGUCUAAAAAAGAGGGGACGCAGUGAUCAAUGUGGUGGAACAGGAAACAAGGCAUGCCGUGAGAGAAUGAGGAGAGAAAAAUUGAACGACAGGUUUACAGAAUUGUCUGCUACUCUGGAACCCGGGAGACCUGCGAAAACUGACAAACUGGCCAUACUAGGUGAUGCCAUCAGAGUUCUAAAUCAGCUAAAAACUGAAUCGGAGGAGUAUAAAGAGAUGAACGAGAAGCUUUUAGAAGAGAUAAAAACAUUGAAGGCCGAGAAAAGCGAACUUCGUGAAGAGAAGCUGGUGCUCAAGACAGAUAAAGAGAGGAUGGAGCAGCAACUGAAAAGCAUGUCUGUUCCUCCUACUGGUUUCUUGCCUGCACAUCCACCGGUAUGCCCUGCUGCCCCAAACAAGAUGCCUAUGUUCUCCGGCUACAGUCUUGUUCCAAUGUGGCAGUAUCUACCAGCUUCUGCUCGUGAUACAUCUCAAGAUCAUGAGCUCAGGCCGCCUGCUGCUUGACUUUCGCAUGCGUUGGUGGCCUUAUAAGCUUGAUCACGCAGUUGAAAAUUGUUCUGCAUGACAUGCUUGUAAAUAUGAAAUACCUGCCAAUUGAUUUUAUCUUGGUUUUAGAUCUGUUGCUCUAAUGCUGUUUUGAACAAAUGUAGAGUACUGAAUAAGUUGAAAGAUUUUGAUUUGAUGGAAAUUCUGCUAGGUUUCAUGUU